AUCUCUUCCACAGCGACUUGUCCUCUCAGCCAUCCCGUACCUUUCCUCUUCUCCUCGCCCAAGCUCCAAUCUGACCCAAUGCGGCCAUGAAAUCUCUCCUCUAGUCGAGCUGCCGCCGUGCCGUGCUGUGCCUUAGAGCCACCGCCGACGCGUCACAUCCCAAACACUCCGUGCGUCGCCGUUCCCGUCCCACUCCAUCGCGGCAUCGCCUCCCUACAGUCUCCACCCCGCCCGCAAUCUCGGAUAUUGUUUCUCGAGGCAGGAUCUCUGGAUCCGUGAGAGAAACCUUGCCGGGGCCACGGGGAAUGUGAUCGGAAGCAACCGGGGGCUCAAUCAGAAAUGGCUAUACCAGGGAGCAGUACUGGCGGCGGCAGGCCGGCUAAUGGCGCAGCUGCCAUCAAUGGCGACGCCAGAUUCCACUCCCAGCAAGAGCAGGAUAAGGGCAGAUGGGCAGGCUGUUUUUCUGGCUUGUCAUGCUUCGGAUCGCAAAAGGGUGGAAAGCGGAUUGUUCCUGCAGCACGUGUGCCUGAUGGGAGUGCAUCUACUAACCGUGGAAAUGGUCGCCAGUCUGGUGGCAAUUCCAACCAGCAUGCGGCUAUGAAUCCAUCCCUUCUUGCCCCACCAUCAUCGCCAGCAUCCUUCUCACACUCUGCACUUGCUUCGACUGCUCAGUCACCUAAUUGCUUCCUGUCAAUAUCCGCAAACUCUCCUGGUCCAACAUCUAAUAUGUUCGCUGUUGGACCAUAUGCCAAUGAACCUCAACUUGUCUCACCACCAACAGCCUUUUCAACUUACACAACUGAGCCCUCCACAGCGCCACUGACCCCUCCCCCUGAAUUAGCUCAUGCAACCACUCCAUCAUCCCCAGAUGUUCCAUAUGCUAGGUUUCUUUCAUCUUCUAUGGGUCUUAAAGCUGCUGGCAAGGAUCAAAACAUGCAUUACUUAUCAACGGCAUACUCUGGUAGUUCAGGAUUCCAGGGAUCUUAUCCACUUUACCCAGGGAGCCCUUCUAGCAGUCUCAUAUCACCUGCCUCGGUAACUCCAAGAACCGGUCUUUCCUCACCUAUCCCUGAGCAAGAUGUUCCCACUGCACAUUGGAAGACAUCUAGGUCCGCCUGUGACACACCGUAUUCAAUUGCAUCUCCCAUUCCUGAGCAAGAGGUGCCUACGGCACAGUGGAAGACUUCUAGAUCUGCUUGUGACACGCCGUAUUCCAGGACAUCGCCAUCCAACAUGUUUGGGCUUGAUUCAGCUGCCUCCAGAAACUAUCUGCUAGAUAGCAAUUUUUUCCGUCCAGCUGCAUCUGCUCAGUUCUACCUGGAUCAGGCUCAGCAGUCAUUUCCAUACAAUGGUGGGAGGCUUAGUGUUUCAAGGGACAAACAAGAUUGUGAUGAGGUUGAAGCUUACCGAGCAUCUUUUGGAUUCAGUGCAGACGAGAUCGCAACAACUCAACAUUAUGUAGAAAUACCAGAUGCUGUUGAUGAUGGAUUCAGCAUAUCUCCAUUCGGGAACAGUGCCACUGCUACUGAGGUGUGCCUGCCUAAUCAGGUUCAGAGCAUGGAUAAGAUGGACAAGUCAGUGUUCAAUGUAAAGCAGAUCACAAGUCCAAACAAGUCAGCAGACCAGCUCUCCAGCGGCACAACACAUAAAGUAAUGCACCUGGAUAUGUUCAAAGGAACAAAAGGGGGCCAUCUGUCCGACGAUGACGCGAGCCUGAAAGAUUGCCAUCCUUUCAGCAAGGCGAGGGAUGAAAUAUCUCUAAAACCCAUAGAGGUGAGGAAGAAAUCUCCGCCUGGCGAGGCAUGCUCAGAUGCAGAAGUCGAGUACAGAAGGGCGAGGAGUUUGAGAGAGGCCAACAGUGCUCUGUCAUGGCGCAGUACACUGUCGAGACAGCUACAGUAAUGGUGCGCUAGCAUGCAGGACAAGUUUCAGAGUUUCCUUAGCCUAGUGUGCAUCCGUUCGAGCUGUUAGAAGUAAUCUGUAGUAGUCGAAGAGUAGCCUGUAUUACAGUACGUUAUAUCUGGGGAUUCUUGCUGCCAGAUUGUGCUUCUGGAUAUGUGAUGACAACCAGCUUUGUAUUCUGUUUAAAAUUGCCGUGUUCCUCUUUUGUACUAGACACUCUCUAAUCGUUAGCCGGUUAUAUGAAAUGAAAGGAUGCUGCAGCA